AUGGCACAUUCCUUUCAACCGCCUCAGGGCUCUAUGACAGGUUACAUCCAAGAGCCGCCCCCGCUCUCCGCAUAUUCAAUUUUGGGCCAGCACCAGUAUUCGGAGGGUGUUGCGCUCUGGCACAGUUCCUCGGCACAGCAGCAACAGACGCAACCUCAAAUUUCCCCGGUACCUCUCACACCAGCCACUCCCAAGACACCAUCGCUCCUCCAGCCACUUCCAGACCAGAAAAAGCAUAAACGUACCCGGAGCGGCUGCUUUACUUGCCGAGCCCGUCGGAUCAAGUGUGACGAAAGCCGUCCUACCUGCGAAAGAUGCCGAAAGGGUAAUCGAGAAUGCGUUUACCCUAGUUCAACAACUGGCUCGGCUUCAAAGCCCGCGCCUCGUUCCGUGACAAAAGCCAAAUCUUCUCGCCCGCAAUCCCGUGGAAGUGAUUCUUCUGGUCCUCUUGAAGCCGGCAUUCUGGAACCCAUCGCCGACGAGGAAGAGGAAGUGGGAGCUAGCCCUGGGUCGAGUACUCAUCAAUCACCACCACCACCACCACCACCACCACCACCGUCAACCACUGGGAUUGCCGCUUCUGCUGGAUCGAAGCCGGCGCUGCCGAGGAAGCAGAGUGCUCAAUCUCUACGGCGUCGUAAGGCGAAACAGCCAGUCAUCACGACCACUGACCCUGUGCCCGGUCGCAAAGAGAACAGUAGCUCUCCCUCGACCGAGGGCGGCUCAUCGAGAUUCGGAUCAUUGAGCGCUCGCUCGGACAGUGUCGGAUUUCUCUUUUUUGACUCUUCAGGUGACCCUAGUACGGCUCAUCUUCCUGAGGAUAUACGCUUUUAUUAUUCCUACCACCGAGAUUCGAUCAAUUUUCGCCAUUACUUCCUAAAUCCCCGCAGUGCCAGCUUCGUUAGGGAUGCCCUCCUUGAAUAUGCUUUGCAAUAUGAACCUUUGCUCUACGCAAUCGUGGGCUUCGCGGCCUAUCAUCACUGUGUGCAAACCAAUGGUGCAAAGCUCUACACAUUCCUCAAAUAUUACAACAAGGCGUUAUCACUCUUGCGAAAAUCAUUAGGCUCAGGCGAGCCAUAUAGUGAGGCAACCUUGGCAACAGUGCUCGUGUUGACGACUUUCGAGGAGUUCAUAGGUGACUGGGUCAAUCUGAUCGAUCACCAUCAAGCUGCUCAUGUUCUGAUACGCGAACUUCUUACACCCGAAUCCGCAAGCUUUGACGAUGUUCACAGGCAUCUUUUCGAGUGGUAUGCACGAUUCGAUAUUGUCGCUGGUCUUGUUUCAGGAAACGAAAUGGUUCUAGGCCGAGAUUGGUACAUCAUGCGAGAGGAGUACGACGCCAAGGAGGCAGCUAAUCAUCCGGACGACAUUGAGAAACAACUAGCGUUGACAUCGUCAAUCAACCGUCGCUUUGGCCUGGAAAUGGCAUCCUUGUACGCCAAAUUGUCGCGUGGCAUGAUUGACUUUGGAGACUUCUUAGCUCAGAAUGAGCAACUUGGCCAAAACCUGGACCGGGUUAGAGACAUUCUUAGCCGAUUCGCUACGCAGUACAUCAUCCAGACCUACCCUGAUCAGAAGCCCUUGACGGGAGACGAUAUUGUUGAUCCAUAUAUUCCCGGCGGAUUGCACUACGGGCCCUUGUGGGAUGCAAACUUCGCCUGGAUUGAUUAUUACUCCACCAAGGCCAUGUACAAGUUUCAGUUCCUCACUGCUACGCAGCAAGGAUCGAUGGAGGAAUUGAUGUCUCUAUCAUUUGAGCAAGCCCGGUUGAUCGAGACUAUUGAACGCUGGCCAGAUAAGGAAAAAGGAUAUGUUUUCGGUUUCAAGAACAGCAUCACAAUGGCCAGCAUGUUCUUUCCUAGGGAUAAUAGGCAUCUCAUGUGGUGCAGGCGGAUAUUUGCUCUUAUGGAACAAAGCGGGUACGUUAUUGCGCCAAAGUUCCGAGCGGCUCUUGCUGCACUCUGGCAACUCCCAGAGCUCAAUCACUGGUGGCUCCCAGACGAUGAAGCGUAUCCAACAAUUAUUCGACAAAUCCGCGAGAUGACCGAAGAGCGAACCAACAAUCCUCGCGAUGACUUCCGAGAAAGCGUGCGCGAUAUGAAGGCCGUCUUUGGAAAACUCAAUCUUGAUGACACUGAAAGCGAGCCUAGUCCGCCUGCUGGUAACACAGAGGUGCCGCGACCUGCAGGUCCGAAGAAGUAA